CUUUGGGUGGACGUGAGGCGCUCUACGCCCCGGCGUCCCACCAACCAAAGAGCGCCCUUCUAUGUAGCCCAAUCACGUCAGGCGGAUGUCGUAAGGACCAAUCAGAACAGACGCAGGGGCGGGACUUAUCAGGACUAGAUCAGAGUGGGCGGGGUUGUUGAAGACCCCAGUCAUAUGAGGGGGCGUGGUCGGGCUAUACCAUUGUUGUGGACUGGGGGACAGGACAGCGGCAGUGACGACUAGGAUACAGCGGCCCAGCUCUGUUUUCUGUCGGCGCGUGCUCCUUCUGUGCGUCCUCCCUCUGCGAAUGGUCUGGUCCCGGGCCGGGUCACGUGAGCCGGUUCCAAGAUGGCGGCGGCGGCGGGGUCCGGUUGGGGGCCGGAGGCGGACGAGUUCGAGGACGCCCCCGAUGUGGAACCGCUAGAGCCAACGCUGAGCAACAUCAUCGAGCAGCGGAGCCUCAAGUGGAUCUUCGUGGGGGGGAAGGGAGGCGUGGGCAAGACCACCUGCAGCUGCAGCCUGGCCGUGCAGCUGUCAAAGGUGCGUGAGAGCGUCCUCAUCAUCUCCACCGAUCCAGCCCACAACAUCUCCGACGCCUUCGACCAGAAAUUCUCCAAGGUCCCAACUAAAGUCAAGGGCUAUGACAACCUGUUUGCCAUGGAGAUCGACCCCAGCCUGGGAGUGGCGGAGCUCCCGGAUGAGUUCUUUGAGGAGGACAACAUGCUGAGCAUGGGCAAGAAGAUGAUGCAGGAGGCCAUGAGUGCUUUUCCCGGCAUUGAUGAGGCCAUGAGCUAUGCGGAAGUGAUGAGGCUGGUGAAGGGGAUGAAUUUCUCCGUGGUGGUGUUCGACACAGCCCCUACCGGGCACACGCUGCGGCUGCUCAACUUCCCCACCAUCGUGGAGCGGGGCCUGGGCCGCCUGAUGCAGAUAAAGAACCAGAUCAGCCCCUUCAUCUCGCAGAUGUGCAACAUGCUUGGCCUGGGGGACAUGAACGCUGACCAGCUGGCCUCCAAGCUGGAGGAGACCCUCCCCGUCAUCCGGUCAGUGAGCGAGCAGUUCAAAGACCCGGAGCAAACCACUUUCAUCUGCGUCUGCAUCGCCGAGUUCCUGUCGCUCUACGAGACCGAGCGCCUCAUCCAGGAGCUGGCCAAGUGCAGAAUCGACACCCACAACAUCGUCGUCAACCAGCUGGUGUUCCCGGACCCCGAGAAGCCCUGCAAGAUGUGCGAGGCCCGGCACAAGAUCCAGUCCAAGUAUCUCGACCAGGUAGGGAGGGGCUGGGCACCCGUGGUGACCAUCGCCGUGUACAGCUUCUUCGUGGCCUGUCUGAUCGGGCGCCAGUUCCUGGACCCGGCCCAGGGCUACGAGGGCCACGACCUGGACCUGUGUGUGCCGGUCUUCACGCUGCUGCAGUUCUUCUUCUACGUGGGCUGGCUCAAGGGAACCAAUGGGACUCCGCUGUCUUGA